AUGCCCGAGGCCGAAUCACAGUCGCAAUCACCUAAGAAAGCAGAGCCGGUCCAUGCGGAACGUUCGCCAGAAGCGACACCGAAACCCGAACCGGCCGCACCACAGCCAUCGCCGGAACAAACGGAGUUGAUCCGCAAGCUCACUCAGCAGCUGGCCGUGGUGGUUCGACAACGUGAUGCCGUUGCCCAGGAAGUCAAACAGGUCAAGCAGCAGCUCGAAUCUCAUGACAAGCGUCACGAAGAAGAAAUCGUCCAGCUUCGGCACACGCUCGAGUCGCAUCAACAUUCGUCGCAAUCAAUCGAGUCGGAACUGAAGACCAUCCAGUCCGAACUUCGCGGGCAACUUAAACUGCAGGAAGAGGUGUUCGCGAAAAAGCUGGACGAGUUUGAAAAGCGUGUCCAAGCCCAAGCUGCCCCGCCCGCUCCGGUAGUGGUCGAAGUGCCCCCUUCUGCUCCGCCGGAAAAGCCAACACCUCCGCAGCCAGCAGCUCCGAAAACUACGACCGCGAAACCAGAGCCCGCGAAGCCUGUCGCUCCGAAACCAACUGCCGCAGCGGCGCGUGCGGAAAACGCAGGCGUCUUCAAGCCACAGUUGCGACCGCCGACGAUCGAGAAACCGAUUCCCAACAUCGAUCCCCUCCGCCAGGCAGUCUCGGCCCUCGAUCAGCCCCGAGUUCAAGACGAGUUCGCUCAGCUGGCCGAAUCGAUGAUCGGCAAUCAGGAAGAUGCCUGUCAGGUCUUCUUUCUGGGGACCUGCGUUCCCGAUCGAAGCUCCGCGUCGCUCGUUUUGCAUUUGGCGGCGUGGCUGAGUCAGCAGUCGUGUCGAGUCUUCGUGAUCGAUGGAGCAUUGCGAGCGAAGACGCUGUCCGAUCAACUUGGGCUGCGGAAUCAUGCGGGCCUGUUCGAAACCGUUCGCCGCGAAACCUAUCCGCAAGAUGGUACCUAUCACGAUCAAGAAUCAGGCGUCGCGUUUACGCCAGCGGGCAAGUCAUCGUUCAUGCUGACCGGCGGCGAGCAAGAUUCGACUUCGCUCCGAGAUCAGCUCCGCGAGAUUUUGAAGUCGUACGACAUCGUGCUCAUCUCCGGCGAAGGUCCUGAUAUUUCCGCUUCGUGGCUGCUCGCUCAGGUCGCCCAGCGUACCUAUUUGCAGGCCAACCUCGGGCAGGUUUCGCGGGAAGACAUUCAGGCCGCCGUCGACUGUUACCGUCAACUCGGGAUCGAUCCGGCCGGGCUCAUUGCCGCCAACGUCUUUCGAAGUGCCAUGGCCAAAUACCUUGUUACCGGUGGUGCCGGUUUUAUCGGUUCUCAUAUCGUCGACGGCUUGCUCGCUCGCGGCGACGAAGUGGUCAUCUACGAUAACCUCAGCACCGGCAGUCGCACUAACAUCGCGCAGCACGAAAACGCAACGUUCGUCGAAGGGUGCAUCACCCAAGCCGAGCAGCUUGCGGCCGCGCUGGAUGGGGUCGAAUAUGUAUUCCAUGAAGCCGCAUUGGCCUCCGUUCCACUCAGUGUCGAACGCCCGCUCGAUACCAACUUGCACUGCGUCACGGGAACACUCAACGUGUUGAACGAGGCCCGCAAAGCUGGGGUGAAACGCGUGGUAUAUGCCGCGUCGAGUAGUGCCUACGGCGAUCAACCAUUCCUCGCCAAACGCGAAACCGAUUUACCGGCCCCGCUUUCCCCCUAUGCCGUGGCAAAGCUGGCGGGAGAGUAUUACUGCCAGGCCUUCUAUCACACGUACGGUUUGGAAACGGUUGGCCUGCGAUACUUUAACGUCUUUGGCCCGCGACAAGAUCCUGACAGCCCUUACUCGGCGGUCAUUCCGAUUUUCCUGACGCUUCUGCUCGAUGGCAAGCAGCCGGUCGUUUACGGCGACGGUCAGCAGUCGCGUGAUUUCACCUACGUGAAGAACAUCGUUAACGCUAACCUGGCUGCGAUGUCUGCCGAUGGCGUCGCCGGAAAGGUGAUCAACGUUGCCAACGGUAAAAGCACGUCGCUGCUGACGCUGUUGAAACUGCUGAACGAAUACCUCGGUACCGACAUCCAAGCCAAGCACGACCCACCCCGCGCUGGCGACGUUCGCGACAGCAUGGCCGACAACACAUUGGCUACGCAGCUGCUCGACUACGAAAUCGAAAUCGACUUCGACGAAGGCCUCCAGCGUUCGAUCCAAUACUACCGCGAACUGGCCAUGCAACGCGCGUAG